CCCCUCAGAACCGCACACUGAGCAGAGCCCGAGUACACAGUUACACACACGGGGGAAACACACCUCAAGUGGAGCUAGACGACCGGACGGAUAAACUGCAAGAAAGAGGAAAAAGUGAGAGAGAGAGAGAGAGAGAGAGAGAGUCAACACCUUAAAAAGAAGAAACAUUUGGGACUUGUGCGACAGGAGGGGACGUGCGUAAGGACCCUGCAGGACUGCAGUCUCCGAGUGCCUGGAUUGUUGCCCUGUGGAUUCUAGAGUUUCCUUGGAUUUCUCCCCUUCCUCCUCCUGUUCCUCCUCUCAUCCUGAGAGAGGAGGUUCCGCCGUGUCUUCCGGAAGGAUGAAGUACAGCUACAAUCUGCCGGUGUCAUCGUACACGCGCUACAGCCAGUACACACCAACACAGUACACCCCCACAUACACACCUACACAAUACACGUCAACCAAGUACACACCAACCCACUACACACCAACCAAGUACACCCCUACGAACUACACUCCCACAAACUACGCGUCGUCUCUUUAUACGCCGUCCCACAAGACCGUCUCUAGUUACACGCCGUCGUACAGCAAGCCUCCACGCUACAGCUCUGCGACCCCGCGGCCACCGGCUCAGGCCCCGCCCCCGCCAUCAGCGCCCGUUGCCCUCAAGCCCGUCCGCGCCGUGCGUUUCCCCAAUGACAUCAUCUUCCAGGACUGCAUCCGGCGAGGGGAGCUGGAGCAGAUCGGGCGCUUCAUCAGGGCGAGGAAAAUACGCCUGGACACCGUCUUCCUGUCGGGUAUGGCAGCCAUCCAUGAGGCGGUGUUGUCAGGGAACCUGGAGUGUGUGAAGCUGCUGGUGAAGUACGGCGCAGACGUCCACCAGAGGGACGAGGACGGCUGGACGGCGCUCCACAUGGCCUGCAGCGACGGCUACCCUGACAUCGCCAGGUACCUCCUGUCUCUGGGCGCCAGCUGUGAGGCGCAGAACGAGAGUGGGGAGAAGCCUUCUGACCUCAUAGACCCUGUCAACAAAGACCUGGUUAAGGUUUUCCAGACAGGAUGUGUCUAACAGGAUGAUGAAUCCUGGGGUAGGCACACAGAUGGUUGGACGGAGCAUGGAUGGAUGGAAAUAUGGACAGGUGGGUGGAUGGGUAGAAGGAUGUGAAUAGACGGAUGUAUAGAUAGAUAUGCGGACAGACGUACUUCCCUGGUCCAGACACUGGGGGAAGUGGAUGGAGAAUGGACUGGUCAGGCUGGACACAGGAGCAGGAAGUGUGGGUCAUGGGGGGCGCUGUGUUUCUACCCCAGCUAAAGAGCUUCGAAACGUCUCUACACAGUUUGCUUUUCGGAGGGCUUAUUUUUAUAUUCGUGUAUCGAUUUGGAUACGCUUUGUAAAGGUGUCUUUAUCUCGCUUCGCUUCAAAGAAAAGAAUGACCUGCUGUUUGGUGCUUCACGCUAUACACACACCCUAUCAAUCAACACACACCACACCAACAAGCAAAUCAAGUUCCAUGCUUUGGUCCGUGGGUGACGUAACCAUGACGACCUGAUGCCAGGAGGUAUUACCAUCAAAACAGCGCCAUCUCCUGUUGCGCAGCAUGGCAAAAUAAAAGAAGCCACAUGCUUUCAGUGACGUGGCACAGGAAUACUCGUGGUUCAGCUUAAUGCAGAGUAGCCAACAAGAACAUCUGGAUGAUUUAACUCCCUGAUCCGUACUGCUCAGUGGAACAGCAUGUGACUGCAGAUCAAGAGGUCACGUGUUUCAAAUCCACUCCUGUACGUGAAGGCGUCUCCCGAAGGAAUGUUUCAAACUCUGACUCGCUAGAUCACCGUUAUGUCAUAGACAGGACUGUUAUGUCAUAGACAGGACUGUUAUGUCAUAGACAGGACUGUUAUGUCAUAGACAGGACUGUUAUGGAUGCUUCGUCGGCACUAUCGUGGAUUCUGCGCAUACUGUGCCAUCAACAGCAACAAAAACAACCUUGUUGGUGUCUGUGAUUUGGCCAUGUAGUAUCCAUGUGUUGUGUAAGCUGGGCUGAGUGCUCCUUCCCUGCAGGGCAGAUGGAGAGAAACCCCUAGCUCUUUAGGAUUUACCAAGACACUGUGUUGAUGUAGCCAGGUGUCAACAGGAAACUUCUUCAUGCCAUGUGUGACCCUGUGCUGUUGCAGUGUGUCAUCUCAGGUGGUGUUUUUAUAUAACAUGUUAUACAAGUUCUACAAAGUGCAUGUUAUAACUAGGGGUUAUGUUGUAAGAUCUACAAUAUUAAUGGUGUUCUGCUCAUUUUAACUGAAUAUCGUCAAUGAAAGUCUUAUCAUUUUUUGUUUUGUUCUUGUUUUGUACAUACUAUGUUUUCAUAAAUAAAGCUGCUCUUUUUGAUAAAUAUUA